CCAGCACACGACUUGCACGAUUUUCAUCCCAGGCUACCAAGCGAUGCUCUGGAAGAUGAUUCCGGGAUUCUACAGGCUACUGACGGCUCCAAGAUCAACACUCUUAGAGUUCAAGCCCAAUUUGCACUUAUUCAGGCUAGUAUUUCUCGGGAAUUGUCUUCGGUCACCGGUAACUCGACUUUGAGCCGAGAUCGCGCAGCAGAGCUCAAUGGGCAGCUAGACGAAUGGUCUUCCAGCUUGCCUCUACUCUUCCAGCCAGGUGCACAAUUUGGCAACCGGAAUAACUGCUUAUUAAAGCGGUUACACGCUUCCUAUCACCAUUCAGUGAUAGCGGUCAAUCGUUCUCAGAGUCCCGAAUAUUGGAUGGCUCUAGAUCGGCCAACAACCUCAGAGUUGACUGCCAGUGUCAUGGCAUCAGUUCAACGUUGUCUAGCUGCGGCUAGGGCUAUUGCUGCGAUCGGUGGUACAAUACCGUACACCCGGAAAGAACUUCCUUGGAGUUUACUUCCUUCCAUCCUGACAGCUGUUAUUGUUCUCUCCUUCAAUCUAUUACGAACCCCUGGAGCGGAUAGUGCAGACGAGGACCUAGAAGCUAUCCUCUGUCUUCUUAAGCUAUUCGAUGCUAUGGAUGAAGCAGAUAAAAUGACGUAUCUUGCAUAUCUCCAGAUGAGCAACGUGUGGACACAGGCCAGAAUCACAAGGAACAGGGUCAAGACCAGGAAAUAUCGGAAGAAAGACAGCCCACUCACGGUUGUCGCAAUACUGCGCCGCCACGGAAUGAUCCUGGCUCAAUGCAUUCUCAAAUUGAUUGGAGCGGCCCUCUCGAGGCGUUUAAUACCCAACAGGGUGGCACAGAAUGGAUAA